UGUGUGUGUGUGUGUGUGUGUGAGUGUGUGUCAUUAUAAGAAGUCCAUAAUAAGAUGAUGCAUCUUGCUUGAGUCUGUCACACGCCUCUGGGGAGUCACACAAGAUUGCAUCUUGUCUGCUGAACAUACUGAAGAAGACUUUUCACAAACCUCAGUAGCCAUGGGCCGCCUGGAUGAAAUCGUUGUAACGUUGUCAGACCUCUUUGAUGAAUACAACAAUGACGACGACAAGAAAAAGCGUUUGGACAAGGACGAGAUUGGAGCCUUGCUUGAGAAUGAAGUCAACAUCGACAACUUUCAAGGGAAACUCACGAUGGAGAUUAUCACAAAGAUGUUGAAGCAGAUGGACAAGAACAAAGAUGACGAGCUCAAACUCAAAGAAUUCGGGAACGCUGUUACUCAGCUGGCAAUUUUGUACUAUCACAGGAAUAAGCCAGGGGGAGAGGUUUCAUCAGGCUAUUGUGUUGACUGUAUAAGAGGAUUCCACCUCAUUCGCACACUAGCCUCGCUGGAGAAGCAGACAAGAUCAACCUUACCAGAAACAGUUUUUUUCCCUCCCAAAGCAGCCAUGUUCAAACUGGAAGAGUGCAUUCAAAAAUUUGUGGAUCUGUUUGAAGAGUACGCCAGUGAGGAUAACGAUUGUUUGAGCAGGGAUGAGUUUAAAGCGCUGGUAAUCGAUGAAAUCAGUUCCCCUGACUAUAAAGGAAAACUCGAGAAAUGCGAUAUCGACGAGGUCUUUGACGAGCUGGAUAAGAACGAUGACGACCAGCUCAGCUUCCAGGAGUACAUCAUGUGCAUGGUCAAAAUGACGAAAUGUCAACGCAAAAAGGCUGGAGGGAGGGGUCGCCGUAGAGGAAAAUGGGGCGGCGGUAAGGGUUGCAGGGGCAAAGGUGGUAAAGGAAGGGGCAGUGACGAUGAUGAUGAAGACUGUGGUAAGGGUGGCAAGGGUGGCAGGCGUAGCAGAGGCGGCAAGGGCGGCAGGGACAGUGAUGAUGAAUGAAAUGCUAAUAAUGGUCUGUCAUUUAUUUGUGCUGUUUCUGUGUUUGCUUUUAUCAAUGAAAGU